AUGUGUGACAAGUAUCCAGGUGCGUACAAGGAGCUUUUCACGCGCAACUUUGAACGUCUGCAUCAGAAGAUUACAAAAGAGGUAUGUGAGCAAUUGGAUGAUAAGGGAUACGUAGUUCUCGAUGAUUGUUUCGGUCACGGUUGGGCUAGUGCUUUGCUCGAGGAGAUGCAGUGGUUGUACGAGAAACAGCAUUUUAAACCGAACAAGACACAGUUUGGACUGACGCAGAAGGGGUUGGACCGUAAACCUCAAGCUUUCUACUUCAUUAAGCCUCAUAUCUUCGAGGUGGAUUUACAUGAUGCCUCAUUGAGAUCAAAGGUGCCGGAGCUUGACGCAUUAUUCCAGUCAACAGAGUUGUUGCAAGUGUUGACGGCAUAUUUGCCACAAUAUAAGCUACAGUUUAGCACUUUGGAUAGGACGUUGAAGCUGCAGCGCAAUGCUGGACAAGGAGGUUGUUUUCCAUGCCACUAUGACAACCCUGGAGCUCCCAACAAACGCAAAGUGACGUGUUUGUUGUAUUUAAACAAGAGCUGGAAAAAAGGCGAUGGAGGUGAGGUGCAGCUUUUUCCAUUCUUGCAACCAAGUGUGACAAUAGCUCCUAAGAUGGAUCGAGUUGUUCUUUUUCAGAGUGACUGGAUGCUUCAUCGUGUAUUGCCAUCUUAUUCUGAGCGGUAUGUGCUCACAAUUUGGUUAGAUGGUGUCAAUGUGAAUGCACCGGAAGACCUGCAGCUUCGUUUGACGCAAAGCGAUUUGGCCGAUUGGUUUGGGUUUUUGAAAAGAAUGCGGCGAUCUCCAGUGCAGCGGUUGUUAUCUCGAUGUGUGUACGAAGAAGAAUACUACGAGUCGUUGAUGGAAUGUAUGCAGAGCACGGCGACUGAAGGAUGCCUAGAGUUGCUCAAAUCGCAUGAGACUCAUUUGGAAAACGUCAGGCGCAAUAUCCCGCUGCAUAAUCUCAUAGAACGACUUCGUGCCUUUCGAGCAAUGGACAAUGAGGAACCUAUGUACGUGGAUUGA